AUGGCAGCCUCCAGUAACAGGUGCUCGUUGUCGGCUUCAAACGUUUUAAACUUUAUUUUUACGUUGAUGAUUGUAUAUUUCAGCUUAGAAAAUGUUGCUUCAGUUGCCGAUGAGAUAACAGAUUUCCUGCUGUGUCGGAAGUGUGGACAUGAAGUUGUUCGAGCUACACAUUUGAUCAACAUUCCAAGCAAGUUGUCACUCAGACAAAGAAAUUCUACUCUUGGAGGUGUUCCAGGAAUUCUUAUUCAAAGGUUUAGAAAUCCACAUGGUAUGAAUUUCGAAAUUAUAACAGCAGGCAAAGCAGAUGUUUUAGAAGAUGUACAAAAAUACAGUGAUGACACAUGGUUUCCUAACUACAGCUGGUGGAUAAUUACAUGUCCUCAUUGUGGUCAACACAUAGGAUGGACAUACAGAAUAAAUUCUCAGGGAACAUCAACAGAUACCAGACCAGACCAGUUCUAUGGCCUUGUAUUAGAAAAUUUACUGGAUUUAAAAGAAGCGGAAUCAUUAAUUCACUUUCCCAAAGCCUAUGGCUUCUAAUGGUAACUCUGUGCCACUGGCCUCAUACUAUGCAGCACACAAAGAUUCUACACACAACUCAACUGUGAUAACUUAAAUCUGUGGAGAGACUUUCUCCGAAAAUUUCUAAUCUGACCAUUCCCUAAUCUGAUCUGUUAGGCAACUACAAUUAACCUUCAAGUACUUCUGAAUAUAAGUUUUCUUCAAGGCCAUGUGAGCUUAUUCCAUGGAGCAGUGUCCAUUGUCCUUCCCUCGUCAGUUGUCUGUCCAUCUGGCAUCAACUUUUCCAUUUAAAUGACUCCUUCUCAAUAUCCAACAGACCAUAUGUCAUGGUAUUUGGCUGGUGGGUUGCUUGAAUAAAUCUGGACAAUAUCUUCAAAAAGAAAUGACCUUGACCUUUAUUCAAGGUCACAGUGGUUGAAUUUGUUAAAACUUCUAAACAACUGCUUCUGACUAACCAAAAGGCAUAGAAGCAUUGGUUGCUAGGUUCCUAAAAUGAAUCCUGACAAUUUUACAAAAGAAUUGAUCUUGACCCUUAUUCAAGGUCACAAGGGUGAAAUUUCUUAAAACCAUAAAAGAGCUUCUUCAGACUAACUAAAAAACCCAAAAGCAUACUUGGCUGAUAGGUCUCUGGGAUGAAGCCCAUCUAAGUUUGCAAGAAAGAAAUGACCUUUAACUAUUUUCAAGGUCACAUGGGUCAAAUUGUCAAAAUCAGUAAAAAUAACUUCUGGUAAACCAAAAGUCUGAGAAGCAGGAUGUUUUUGGUCCAAGUCUGACAAAUUUUGACAAAAAAAUAAAUCUAGAUUACCUAUAAUCCUGCUCAUAACUAUGACUGUAUAGAGUUAAGAAUUAAAAGCAGUUUGUUGUGGAAAUGGAUUGGAUAUGCCUAUUUGAAUGUAAAUGGUGUAUGUGUUAAUGUAUUUGUGAUAGAUACUAAUUCUAUUUUUAAUGAACAUUGAAUACCAGUGAGUAAUACAGGUCCAUUGGGCCUCUUGUUUUUUGUAAUGGUUCAAAUUUUUAUAGUUUCAAAAAAAAAGCUUGAAGUAAAGGGGAUGUAUUUUGGUUUUGCAGUAGCAUCUAAAGGUCUUUGGUUUCUCUUCUAAUUAAAUAUAAGUAACUCAGAAAUGGGUUUUUAGAUGAGAUUAUUAAUCUACGGAUACUGAUGUAAAUAUAUACAAAUAGCAUUUAUCGUGUAUGAUAUCAAUAUAAUAAUACACUUAGGUAUUUUCUUAAGGUUGCCAAAUCUAUGAUGUUAGUAGUAUUUCAUAUAGAAUGACUGAUUCAAACCUGAGAUGUCAAGUUUAACUGCCAAUUCUCAGUUACCUUCAUCUGACAUAUGACCAUUAAAGUAAAAGUUCACUGAUAUGUGUCACAUGUUUUGGAUGAUAUUCAAAUCAACAGGCUAAUUUUUCUUCUCUUUAAGCAAAGAUGUGACAAUCGAAUUGAAGUAGGUAAGUAUGUAAAAGAUUGAUUUAGCAAUAGAGAGAGCAAUCUGUUCAACAACUUGGUGAAAGAAAUUGAUCCAUCUUGAUACUCUUAAGUGAAUCAGAUUAAAAUAGUGAGGAGCGGGGUCAUAGAUGCAAUGCAUAUCUAAUAUAGAUAUUUCCAAUGCACACUCUUAGUUGUAGACUUGUGCUGAUCAUUUUGAAUAUGAUGAGUACUUUCUUUAUCAUUUGAACUGUAUCAUAAAAUGGUCACUGAAAUGUCCUACAUUAGUCGUGCAAACACUAUCAUAAUGUAUACCGAUGCAUAACACACUGUAUUUAUACACUCUCUGUUUUUCCUUUCAUUUUUUGACUCUUUCUUUUUAAAACCAAUUAUAGAUACUGGAUAUACAAAAUGCAAAACUUUACAUGUAAGUGUUUGGUUUUAUUUAUUUUCUGUUUUUAUUCAAAUGAGGGUUUCAGAAAUUUACACAGUGACUGGGCUAAAAGAUGCUGUGAGGUGUUUAACUGGUAAAUUGUUAACAAUUUAGUGAGGUAGACUAUAUUAGAUCCCUGCCAUGAAAUGGCAAAUAGGAAAUAUUUUGAACUUAUUGUUUGUUUGUUAUGCUGUUCAGAUCCACACUUGUAAAGUGGAUAUAAAGAUAUAUAUAUGUAUAAAAAUCACUCUCCAGUGUUGUUCAGUUCAGAAUCUGGACAUUACUGGAGUGUACUGGAAAUAGUUAAUGAAUCACUGCCUGUUUAUUUGUAAAAAUGUUAUUUACAUGAAAUAGAAUAUACCAAGUCUGUGGACACAUAUAUAACAUUUGCUCAAGUCAUUGUUUGUAUAAAUUGUUCCGAGUUCUGUACAGAUCACGUUUUGAUGCAUUUUACGGAAAUAAAUUUGUUGUUAAAAACCAAGGGGUCAAAUUGUUGACCUCAUCACUGCCACCAAGUAUACUUUAUAGAUUUAAUUAUUGCUAGACAAGAAAUGUAAAGUUGAUAAUGUGUACCUCAGGUAUACACACCAUGGUGUUCCAUAAAUUGAUGAUUUAAUGUCAUAAUGAGAUGAUUUUGUGUGAUGUGUAGCUCCUGACAUCCAAAUGUACAUAGAACUAAUUAUACAAUUAAAGAUUGCCAAAGUCUUCAUGGAUGACAUUGAAAAGGAGGUUUCUCACUGAAGUUUCAAACAUCCUUGAUUAAGUUAAAAAAAAAAUAAGAUCUCAGAUUCAUAUAUAUCCAUUGUAUAAUCAAGGUUGUCUCCAGAGAGACACUGAUUUGGACUUGUUAAAUAUCUUACCUAUAUUUACAUAUGGUAUAGAUAUAUGUGUAAAACUGUAUAUAUUUUAUGUAAACCUACAGAUAUUUGUUGUAUUUUAACUAACAUGUGAAGAUGCCUUGAAAUUUAUGUACAACUGCAGUUGUCUCCCUUUGGACUGUAAUGUGUUUUUAUAUAUGUGCCAUGUUUGACACGUCUUUAAGACCAUCAUGCUGUUAUUGUAUUUUCAUUAGGUUUGAUUCUCAAUCCUGAAUGGUGUAUAUUGAUGCUGUUUUGGUGGUUUAAUGUAUGUGUUUUUCUAAAGAUAAGCUUUUAAUUUGUAUCAUGAUCAUUUCAAGUCUUUAGCAUGUUAUAAUUUCACUUUAUAUGUUGGGUUGAUGUCUCUUCUUAAAAAGCAUGUACAGAAUUUAUGCUUCAUUUCUACCAAGAAAACAAAUUGUAACUUCAUUAUGUAACCUUACCAUUUACUCCACGAUCUACACAUUUGAUAAAAAUAAAUUUAGAUUUUAUAUGGGAAA